UCAACUCUUCUUCCGAAAAUAGGGUCUGAUCAGUUGCCUUCUCAGGAUCACCAAUCGCUCAUUCGCUAGAAGUCAAAAGGUCGCCGCGAUGAAAGUUCCCCCGGGCUCGGUGCUCCGCUCGCUCCUAAGCCAGACCAGCAGCACGUUUUCGGGAUGGCCAGUUUGUCGUCAUGCACACGCCAACCCCGGCUGCUACCCAACAAGGUCCUUUAUGCCUCUGCAGUCGACCAGAUGGUAUAGCGCACAUGCCCGCAAAACGGAUGUUGCGACCCAAAACUGCAGGAAUAUCGGAAUCAUUGCCCAUAUUGAUGCUGGAAAGACAACGACCACAGAGCGCAUGCUUCACUACGCAGGAUUUACGCGCAGAAUCGGUGACGUUGAUAGCGGAGACACGAUCAUGGACUACAUGAAGCAAGAAAGAGAACGCGGUAUCACCAUCACGUCAGCUGCCAUCACCUUUGGUUGGAAGAAUCAUCGCAUCAACUUGAUUGAUACCCCUGGACAUGUGGAUUUCACCAUUGAGGUCGAGCGAUCGAUUCGAGUUCUGGAUGGGGCAGUGACCAUCUUGGAUGCUGUUGCUGGAGUUGAGGCACAAACAGAGACUGUAUGGCAGCAAGCUGAUCGGCAGGGUAUUCCUCGUAUUGCAUUUGUGAACAAAAUGGAUCGCGCUGGCGCAGGAUUCGGCAGGACCAUUCGUGAGAUGAGGACUAGGCUCGGCUGUCGGCCUGUCAUUGUUCAGAUCCCACUUAUGGAGCCGCUGAAUGGAUCCAGUGGCUCAGGAUCGAAUGAUGCCAAGUUUUCCGGAGUUGUUGAUGUACUCUCGAUGGAGAUUCUCAGAUGGGACUCGGACUCGAAGGGCGCAAAGUUGACAAGAUCACCACUCGAUGCUUCAUAUUCGGAUCAAGAACUAUAUCAGGAAGCGGUGAAGGCCCGCGUGGCACUAGUCGAACAACUCUCAGCAUUGGACGAAAAGAUCAUCGAACUUUUCUUGACAUUGGAGGACCAUAUGGCAAUUGAAGCUAAGGAUCUGCAGGCAGCUAUCCGCCGGCUUACUUUGUCCUUGACUAUCGUGCCAGUUUUGUGCGGGGCUAGUUUCAGAAAUAUCGGUGUUCAACCUUUGAUGGACUCUGUGGUCGACUAUCUCCCGUCUCCAGACGAGCGUCCCGCUGCUCUAGCCCGCAUGGCAGAUGGCAAGACGGUAGAAAUAGGGUCAGGCGGAUCCAAAGAACGACUUUGUGCUCUCGCGUUCAAGGUGAUUCACGACUCACGACGAGGAUCCAUGGUGUUUGUUCGCGUCUAUGCUGGCCAACUGAAUGAAAGAGCACAGCUCUGGAACAGCACAACACACACGAAGGAAAGAGCCAACAAACUGCUGCAGAUGUACGCCAUGGACGUCGAGGAGAUCCCGCACAUUACGAAAGGAAACAUUGGCGUCGUGUUGGGACUCAAGGAUACCAGGACCGGAGACACUCUCCUCGAUGCACACGAUUCUCGCAAGGGCUUGGCGCUGAGCGGCAUCAAGGUGCCAUCGCCCGUGUUCUUCGCCAGUGUGGAGCCCAUGUCUACAUCGGACGAGAAGCCAGUAGAGGAAGCCAUCAAGGCUUUGAUCCGCGAAGACCCUUCGUUGGGAGUAAGAAUUGAUGAGGAGACUGGCCAGACGCUGCUCGGGGGCAUGGGUGAGCUGCACCUGGAGGUAGCCAAGGAUAGACUUGUGAGCGACUUCAAAGUUAACGCGGAGAUGGGAAAGAUGAGGAUCUCUUUUAAGGAAACUAUGAGGGGCGCCGGGGUUGUCUCUGAGGUCCUGCAAUGGGAGUAUGAUCGCGAAAUCUUAGGCAAACGUGGACGCGCGCGAGUUGGUGUGACAGUAGAGAGGCUCGAGCCGAUCGAGCAGGAUGUAGCUGGAUCUUCGGCAUCUGUUACCACCAAAAUCAAGGCGAACGGAUCAUUGGGCAUCGGCUCAGAAGAAUAUGACGGAAACGAAGUCGUUAUUGCACUGACUGAACAGCCUCCGAUCGCCGAUGAGGCUGGUGCGGUCGCCGCCGCCGAGAAAGCAGCUUCCACUGGAGUUGUCAUCCCAUCCGGGUCUACUGAUUUACCCACGCCCGUUUUAAGGACAGCGGUCAAGAACGGCAUUAUGUCUGCGCUCUCCCGCGGACCUUUGCUGGGAUACGCACAAACACAUCUCAAGGUUUGUUUGACAGACCUGCAUCUGUACGGUGCUGACUCGACCCCGGCGGCAAUCUCAUCCUGUGUCUCUGCAGCAGUAACGGAGGCAAUUCGUCUGGGAGGAAAUUCAUCCGCGGGCGGGGAUGAUAAAAAUUCAGUAUUACUGGAGCCGAUCAUGGAUGUCAAGGUGGAGGUAGCGGAAAAAGAUGUUGGUACGGUGAUUGGAGAUAUCAGCGGCACGCGUCGAGGCCGUGUUCUGAGCCUGGACGGCCAUAGUACCGGGGAAGGCGAGGAGCCCGUAGAUGAGAGUGAAUUUCAGGUCUAUGCCCCACCAGAUCCAACGUACACAGGACCUGACGCAGGAUCCUCACCACAAUCGUCUUUAUCGCCUGGUAGCAGCAUUGCUGGAAUGGCUGAUCGUAGAUAUAUUCGUGCUCAAGUUCCACUGUCGUCCAUGCUCGGAUACGAUUCCGCUCUGCGUGCCAUGACUGGCGGAACGGGCAAGUUUGCGAUGGAAGUCAAUGGAUACGGUGAAAUGGACUAUGACCGACAGCGCGAAGUCAUCAAAGAAAUGCGUGGUGGAUGAUUGGCUGGUUUGUUAGAUUCCGUAUGCACUGUACAAUACAAUCCGUGGUAAACUGUCGUGUCACGAAAAAGCGGCUCUUUGGGGUCCACUGCUCUAAUAAGUGAAAGGACCCAGAAUGUCGACGCGCAGAAUUCGAGUUUGGAUUCUGCUGCCUGCAUGUUAUAGCAAAGAAAAUGCACAGCUUGCUGUUUCCGUGGCUGUAGCGAGGGCUCUGAUCUUUUCCAAAGCUCCUCUGGGCCCUACUCGCAGUUUGCUCAGCUGUAGAAAAGAUACAAAAGGGGCAAAAAAUAGAGGGUCUUUCGGUGGAUGAAUCGGCCGCGAGAGAAGCGCAACUAACAAGGAAGAGGCCAGAAAGUUGAGAGAGCUGAGGAGCUGUAGGACGGAAAAAACGAAGCGCGUGGCGAGGGCACGCGGCAAAGAGUAUCUUUCAUAAUUUUCAGCCAUGCUUUUGCGCAUUCUUUUUCAAAUUACCUAUAUACAGC